AUGCGAUGGGCCAAGGCCCAGGGAGUCAAGAUCAAUGGCGUCACACCGGCGCACAUACCAGGCCGUGGGUCAGGUAUGAUCGCGACCAGAAACAUAGAGGAGGGAGAGGUCAUGAUCACAGUCCCUUUGGAUCUGAUGAUCACAAUCGAUUCCAUCCCGGCCUCCUUCAUCAAACAGUUUCCUACCGGGGCAUCGAUCCAUGGAAUCCUUGCCGCAUUUCUGACAGAGGGAGAUCAUGAAUUUCUGAAGAGAUGGGAUUUGUGGCGCAGAGUUUGGCCAUCGCGCAAGGAUUUUGAAGACAGUAUGCCCAUCCUGUGGCCGGAAAAUUUACGGAGGUCGAAUUCGGAGUUUCAGCAGACUCCCUGCGAGAGGCCCUUUCUCUUACCUCCGUCAGCUUCUGGCAUUUGGAAUUCAUUUGAAACGAGCCAGAAAGGUAGAAAAUUCGAGUCCAAGAGCCAGAACCUGCUCGCGCAGCAGGAGAAAAGGCUUCAGGACGCAUGGCGGAAUGUACUCACCGUGUUCCCUAACAUGGAUUGGGAUAAAUUCUCCUUCCACUGGUUAGUUCUGAACACAAGAAGCUUCUAUUACGUCAAGCCCGGGCAAGAACCUCCUGAAGACUGGAAUGACGCGAUAGGUCUUGUGCCUUUUGCAGAUUACUUCAAUCAUUCAGAUGACGCUGAUUGCGAGGUCGUCUUUGAUGGAGCCAAGUACACCUUUACUGCGUCCCGUCGAUACGUAAAAGGAGAGGAGAUCUUCAUGAGCUACGGAGCUCACUCCAAUGACUUUCUCUUCGUCGAGUAUGGAUUUUUCCUCGAUCAGAACGAGUCCGACGUUAUAUUCUUGGAUGAUAUCAUCUCGAAUAGCCUUUCUGAAGCGGAAAAGGAAGAGCUUGCCUCCCAGCAAGGACUUGGAGACUACCAAGUCAUGCCUUCUGGUGUCUGCCCGCGCACGAUUAACGCGGCGUGUGUCAAGUACAUGCCGUCCAAGGACUUUCGAAAUUACGUACAAGGCCGAGCAACUAAAGCAUUCGACACGCGGAAAACCUGGAAAAUUAUCCGCGAGUGGAUUGAAACCUACGUCCGAGAGAGCAAUACAACAAUAGAGGCUCUUGAAUCAUUAACAGCUCAAAGCGAAGGGCAAGUUGGGCAUCAGAACAAGGUAGCUUCACUUCGAAGUAGGUGGGAGCAGAUCAGGGUGAUGUGUCAGAAUGCUUUGGACAAGAUAAACGCAACUCAGCUAGAGGCAUGA